GGGUCCACCUCUCACGGGCCUCCGCCCUCGUCCGUUUGAGACCAUCGCUUUUGGGUUCCGUCUUCGCUUCGUAGCUUACCGAUGUCUGAGGAGAAAGCUAGUGAUCCUGCCGGGAAGAUGGGAGGCAAAGAGAAGCCGGUAGGUGCUGGUGAGGAGAAGCGAAAGGAAGGAGGCAAGAAGAAGAAUAAAGAAGGAUCUGGGGAUGGAGGUCGAACAGAGUUAAAUCCUUGGCCUGAAUAUAUUAACAUACGUCUUGAGAUGUAUAAUAAACUAAAAGCAGAACAUGAUUCCAUUCUGGCAGAAAAAGCAGAAAAAGAUAGCAAACCAAUUAAAGUCACUCUACCUGAUGGUAAACAAGUUGAUGCGGAGUCUUGGAAAACUACACCAUAUCAUAUUGCUUGUGGAAUUAGUCAAGGCCUGGCUGAUAACACUGUUAUUGCUAAAGUGAAUAAAGUUGUUUGGGACCUAGACCGCCCUCUGGAAGAAGAUUGUACCUUGGAGCUUCUCAAAUUUGAGGAUGAGGAAGCUCAAGCAGUAUAUUGGCACUCAAGUGCUCACAUAAUGGGUGAAGCCAUGGAAAGAGUCUAUGGUGGAUGUUUGUGUUAUGGUCCACCCAUAGAAAAUGGAUUCUAUUAUGACAUGUACCUUGAAGAAGGAGGUGUGUCCAGCAAUGAUUUUACUUCUUUGGAGACUUUAUGUAAGAAAAUCAUUAAGGAAAAACAAGCUUUUGAAAGACUGGAAGUUAAGAAAGAAACUUUACUGGAAAUGUUUAAGUAUAACAAAUUCAAAUGCCGGAUAUUGAAUGAAAAAGUGAAUACUCCAACUACCACAGUCUAUAGGUGUGGCCCUUUGAUAGAUCUCUGCCGGGGUCCUCAUGUCAGACACACUGGCAAAAUUAAGACUUUAAAAAUACACAAAAAUUCUUCCACAUAUUGGGAAGGCAAAGCAGAUAUGGAAACUCUCCAGAGAAUUUAUGGCAUUUCAUUCCCAGAUCCUAAAAUGUUGAAAGAGUGGGAGAAGUUCCAAGAAGAAGCUAAAAACCGAGAUCAUAGGAAAAUUGGGAGGGAUCAAGAACUAUAUUUCUUCCAUGAACUCAGCCCUGGAAGUUGCUUUUUCCUGCCAAAGGGAGCCUACAUUUAUAAUACACUUAUUGAAUUUAUCAGGAGUGAAUAUAGAAAACGAGGAUUCCAGGAGGUAGUCACCCCAAACAUUUACAACAGCCGACUCUGGAUGACCUCGGGCCACUGGCAGCACUACAGCGAGAACAUGUUCUCCUUUGAGGUGGAGAAGGAGCUAUUUGCUCUAAAACCCAUGAACUGCCCUGGACACUGCCUUAUGUUUGAUCAUCGGCCAAGAUCCUGGAGAGAGUUGCCUCUCCGGAUAGCCGAUUUUGGGGUACUUCAUAGGAAUGAGCUGUCAGGAGCACUCACAGGACUCACUCGAGUGCGAAGAUUCCAGCAAGAUGAUGCUCACAUAUUCUGUGCCAUGGAGCAGAUUGAGGCUGAAAUAAAAGGUUGUUUGGAUUUUCUACAUACCGUGUAUAGUGUAUUUGGAUUUACUUUUAAACUGAACCUUUCUACUCGCCCAGAAAAAUUCCUUGGAGAUAUUGAAGUAUGGAAUCAAGCUGAGAAGCAACUGGAAAAUAGCCUGAAUGAAUUUGGUGAAAAGUGGGAGUUAAACCCUGGAGAUGGAGCUUUCUAUGGUCCAAAGAUCGACAUACAGAUUAAAGAUGCAAUUGGUCGAUACCACCAGUGUGCAACGAUCCAGCUGGAUUUUCAGUUGCCCAUCAGAUUUAAUCUUACUUUUGUAAGCCAUGAUGGUGAUGAUAAGAAAAGACCAGUGAUUGUUCAUCGAGCCAUCUUGGGGUCAGUGGAAAGAAUGAUUGCUAUUCUCACUGAAAACUAUGGAGGCAAAUGGCCCUUCUGGCUGUCUCCUCACCAGGUAAUGGUAGUUCCUGUGGGACCCAUGUGUGAUGAGUACGCUCAAAAGGUACGGCAACAAUUCCAUGAUGCUAAAUUCAUGACUGAUGUUGAUCUGGAUCCAGGCUGUACACUGAAUAAGAAGAUCAGAAAUGCCCAAUUGGCUCAGUAUAACUUCAUUCUAGUUGUUGGUGAAAAAGAGAAAACCAGUGGCACCGUGAACAUCCGCACAAGAGAUAAUAAGGUCCAUGGAGAGCGUACUGUUUCUGAAACCAUCGAGCGGUUGCAGCAGCUCAAGCAGUCCCGCAGCAAACAGGCAGAGGAGGAAUUCUAAUGAAGAACUUCUCCCCAGUGGGAUCAGUGGACAGUGAUGAGCAGCGUUUCCCUAACAUUCAGUUUGUAUUCCAGAGAACAUCCAUUCAUGCUGAACUGGGAACACUUUGAUAGCGUCUGUGUAGCUAAGCGUAGGAUAAAUCUUUUUUGACAGAGAGGUUUUGGACAAUAUGUAUUUGAAGGAGUUAAUCAAGAGAGACUCAUUAAGAUGAUUUCAUUCAUUAAGUGUCUGAGCAUUGGAAAUAAAGCAUGAGGAAUGCUUUGGUGUGGUGUGGGAGAACUUUUUGUAAAUUUAAUGCAUAUAAUAAAAUUGGAAUUUGAUUAAAGUAACAGAGAUUAGAAUUGGAUUAUGGCAAAAAAAAAUAAAAAUUUUUAUUCACAUAA